AUGACGAGAGGAUAUUUAUUAGAAAAAGAUUUAAGCUUAUUAAUAAAUAAUCCAAAAUAUAGUGAUAUAGAAAUUUUAUGUGAGGAUGAAAAGAAAUUAUAUGGUUGUAGAGCAAUUUUAGCAGCAAGAUCUGAAGUAUUUGUCAGAUUACUUUAUAAUGGAAUGAAAGAAAAUUAUGAAACCAAAAUUUCUUUUCCAAAGAUUAAUUCUGUUGGUAUGAAAAUCAUAUUAGAAUAUACUUAUACGGGUUCAAUUAAAAUAGAAUCAUUAAAAAAGGAUAAUAUAAUUGAAGCAUUUUACGCUGCUGACUAUUUUCAAUUACCAGAUCUUCAGGAUUUUAUUAUGAAAACAUUCAAAAAUACUUUAGAAAAAAAUUGUGAUGAUAAUUAUUCACCAGAAUUACUAUCUAAACUUGCGGAGAAAAUUUUAUUAACAGAAGAUAAUAUUCUACUAAAUUUAUUGGUUGAAGCAGUAGCAAUUAUUCCAUUAAACACCAUUGAAUUUGGUCGAUUGUCUAUUACAGGACUUAAAUAUCUUUUAUCUUGUACACAUGAAAAAGAAGAAACUCCCUUUGCAAUCCCAGAAUAUGAAGUUUUUCGAUAUGGCGCUAUCCUUGCAGCAAACAAGUUUCGAAUGAAGCAUAUAUUACUCUUAUGGAACAGUUACUGA